AAUAAUCUUUCUCUUCUUCUUCUCCUCUCUCUCUCUCUCUCGCUCCUGAGCAGUUGCAGUGCUCCAUUGAAGCUAGGGCAGAGUCGUCGACUUCACCUUUUGAUUCUAGAUUUUUGCUUCUGAAGCUUUUGUUCAAUGGCAAGGGACCAACCGGUUUUUGUCAAAGAUGCUAUUUUCAAGCUGCAAAUGUCCCUCCUUGAAGGCAUCCAAAACGCAGACCAGCUGUUUGCAGCUGGAUCUUUGAUGUCAAGGAGUGACUAUGAAGAUGUUGUAACUGAACGAUCCAUCACAAACAUUUGUGGUUAUCCACUCUGCCGCAAUGCUUUGCCAUCUGAUCGCCCUCGAAAGAGUAGAUAUCGGAUUUCACUGAAGGAGCACAGGGUCUAUGACCUACACGAGACAUAUAUGUUUUGUUCUUCCAGUUGUGUUGUUAACAGCAAAUCUUUUGCUGGGAGCUUGCAAGAUGAGAGGUGCUCGGUUUUAGAUUCAGAGAAACUAAAUAAUGUUCUUAGGUUGUUUGGGAAUUUGAAUCUGGAAUCAGUGGAGAAUUUGGGAAAGGAUGGAGAUUUAGGUUUGCCUGGCUUGAGAAUCCAAGACAAAACAGAAACCAGCUCUAGGGAGGUGUCUUUGGAGCAGUGGGUUGGACCUUCAAAUGCAAUAGAGGGUUAUGUACCAAAACCAAGAGAUAUUGAUUCUAAGGGUUCUCAGAAAAAUAUAAAAAAAGGGUCCAGAGCUAGUCAUGGCAAGUUGAAUGGUGACAAAAAUUUAAUGAACAGUGAGAUGGACUUCAUGAGUACUAUAAUUAUGCAAAAUGAAUAUAGUGUUUCAAAAGUAUCAUCAGGUCAAACAGACACAACUUCUGAUAAUCAAAUUAAACUAACAGCCGUAGUGGAGCAGCCACAAAAGGUUGGAAGUAAAGUGGUCAGGAAAGAUGAUGAUAGCAUUCAAGAUCUGACUUCAUCUUUUAAGAGUGGUCUAAAUUUAAGUGCCUCAGAAAAAGAAAAAGAAGUAGCCGAAUCAUGUGAAGCUGUGCUCAAAUCCUCUCUCAAUCCUUGUGAUAAAAAGAAAGUUGUUCACUCUGUCUCCUUAUUAGAAAGACAAUGUGAUGUAGAACAUAAUGAUUCUGAAAGGAAAUCAACACAACUCAAAGGGGAAACAAGUAGAGUUGUUGCUAAUGGUGAUGCUUCUGCUUCCAAAUUAGGUCCUGCUAAUGUUGAAGAGAAAUCUCAAAUAGAAAAAGCAACCGGAUCGAGCAAGACUAAACCCAAAUCUUCUCUUAAAUCCGCUGGUGAAAAGAAACUCAGUCGCUCUGUUACUUGGGCAGAUGAGAAAAUGAACAACUGUGGGAGUAAAGAUCUUUGCGAGGUUAAAGAAUUUGGAGAUAUUAGAAAAGAAUCUGACAUAGUAGGUAAUACAGAUGUUGCUGAUGAUGAAGAUAUAUUACGUUGUGCAUCAGCAGAAGCUUGUGCAAUUGCAUUGAGCCAAGCAUCAGAAGCUGUUGCAUCUGGUGACUCAGAUGGCACUGAUGCUGUUACUGAAGCUGGUAUUGUAAUAUUGCCAAGUCCACACAAUGCUGUUGCAGAAGGUAAUAUGGAGGAUGUUGAUAUGCUAGAAACAGAUUCGGUUACUCUGAAGUGGCCAAGAAAGCCUGGAAUUACUGAUGUCGAUUUGUUUGACUCUGAAGACUCAUGGUAUGAUGCUCCACCGGAGGGCUUCAGUUUGGCUUUGUCCCCUUUUGCAACUAUGUGGAAUGCCCUCUUUUCAUGGAUAACAUCAUCUUCUUUGGCAUAUAUAUAUGGGAGGGAUGAAAGUUUUCAUGAAGAAUAUCUAUCAGUGAAUGGGAGAGAGUAUCCUUGCAAAAUUGUCUUGACAGAUGGUCGGUCCUCUGAAAUAAAACGAACUUUAGCCGGUUGUCUUGCUCGAGCUUUACCUGCAGUUGUUGCUGAGCUCAGGCUUCCAAUACCAAUAUCUACCUUGGAGCAAGGGAUGGUCUGCUUGCUGGAUACAAUGUCAUAUAUGGAUGCACUUCCAGCAUUCAGAACGAGACAAUGGCAAGUGGUUGUUCUUUUGUUCGUUGAUGCAUUGUCGGUUUGUAGAAUACCUGCUCUUAUCUCGUACAUGACGGAUAGGAGAGCCUUGCUUCACAAGGUUUUGAAUGGUACUCAAUUAGGUAUGGAAGAGUAUGAGAUUUUGAAGGAUCUCAUAGUACCACUCGGCCGAGCACCUCAUUUCUCUGCUCAAAGUGGAGCGUGACAACAUGGAACUUCCAACGUAAUGAGCCAAAAGUUGGAACUUAUUCAAACUCCUCUAGGACUUGUAAUGAUGAGUGGCUGAGUGCAAUCUUUCUUUUUUUUCCUUGGAAAAAUUAACUUUCAAGCAUUGGAGUGCUGGGUAAAUCUGUUUAUAGACAUCAAACAGCAUAUAAUUAACCUAGCGUCUAAGCAACCAAAUGUGUAUAUACUUCAAUGCUAGUUAGUGGAGUGAUGAAAGAAAAAUUGAUAUUCAAAUGGACAAUAAUCUGAAAUAUUGUCUUAUUAUGUGGCAGUUUGUAUUUUUCUACAAACUGCUGGUGGAGGGGGUAAAGGGCAAAUAUCUUCUCCAUAACUAUAUGAAGAACUUACAAAAGUCCAAACUUUCUUUACUGAAGGAAUGUCUAUUUGUUAGGGGAAUAUGCUUAGACAAAAAUAUAAAUUGCAAGUCUGUGAUGACCAUGACCAUCUUUCUUUUGACUUGCAAGGGAUUAAAGCUUUAGCAAAUUGAAGUGAGGGAAUGCUUGCCUUGUAUAUUGCAUACAAAGCCAAAUGUGUUCCUAGUUUCA